UCGCCACUCACCCAAGGGUGCCGCUAGGCUCAUGGAGCUGUUUCUAUCACUUGCACGAGCUCUUCGGUCCCGUGCCACGCCACCGUCCCUUCCUCCAUUUUAUUCUGAAAGGAUAUCACUUGUCCCUCGUUACGCCUUCAACUUAACGUCAACUUCGACAUAGUGAUGUUCUUUCGUCUUGCAACCUCGACCGCCAUUCCUUUCCUUUCCUGGCCUGCCAAAGUCGUGUCUCUCCGUAUUCACACCGCACAUCUCUUUGGGGGGGGGCAACAAUACCCAGCUUUUGUCUAUCUGUCCUUUUCUUCGCUUUGUCUUCAACCUUUUUUUUCGGGGAUCUGUUCUUUCGAUGCUUCCAAGUUCCUCAUCCUCUUCUCUUUCUUUCUUUCUCCCUCUUCCUUCGAUGCAAUACCGCGGUUCUUUCACGCCGACGAGAGGCUGUCUUGUAGUCAUAGUAGCCCCGCAAAUCAACAACCACUAAUUGUUUAAAAUGCGUUGCGGGAUGUGCAAGAGUGCAAACGUAAGAGCAGCCAUUCCCGCGGACCUGGUGGAGUUGUCAUUUUGUUCUCUAAUGAUGUACAACUG